AUGGCCAUUUUAUAUCAGGUGAAGGGCAUUGAAGAGUUCUUUAAACCUUCUGAUUUCUGUGGAAAAAAUCAGAUUUACUGUGAGCAGUGUGGUGACGAAGUUGAUGCUACUAUGACAGCUGUAAUAAAGCAUCAUCCAGAUGUUUUGUGUCUGCUGCUGAAGAGGUUUGAGUUCAACUAUAAAUACAUCAAAAUCAACUCUUAUGUGGAUGUUCCUGAAACCCUGCAGAUACCAGAGAAUCAGAAAUAUGAACUGUAUGCAGUUGUGGAUCAUUUUGGGGAUCUGAAAGGUGGAAAUUACGCCGCAACAAUCAAGAUCCAGGAGGAACACGGAGACAGAUGGCAUCAUUUUCAAGAUACCAGGGUCACAGAGCUUGAUUAUCAGCCAUUCCAGCUGAAUAACACUGAGAGAUCCCAGAGUGCAUAUCUUCUUUUUUACAGAAAAAGUAAAGAUGCUGCUGCUGAAGUGGUCAAGGAGAUGCGCAGCCUGGCCAUAUCAAAUUUGCAGGUCAUACAUGAGGGAGCAGACCAAAUUCCACAGGACCUCAGUCAGUUUCAGCUUGGUAUCAUGAUAGGAUGCUACCUGUGCAAAAAGGCCAUGAAAUUUCUUUACUACUAA